AAAAAUUAUUUAUUAAAGCUUUACUCCAAUCAUCAUUCUGUGGUUCCACAACAGCAUAUUAUGCCCGGCACACCAGUUACCUCACGCAAUCUAUCAACACUGGAACAUCAUAAUUUACACCAGCAGCAGUCAUCAUCACAUCAACAUAGUGCAACAACACAGCCACCAAAUCUAACUAUACAACAGCGUCUAAAUGGCGGAGCCUUAGAUUGUCCACCACGUAAAAAAUCUAGGAGAUCAACAAAUGAUAGUCAAUUGUCCACACAAAGUCAAACGUCGUUAAGUUUACCACCUCCUCAGGCUAAUAAUAAUGCCGUAACUGUUGUUACAAUUCCUUCUGCCUCAAACUUAAACCAAGAACCUAAUAAUAUGGCAAAUGGUACGACAGCAAUUAAUUCUAAUACAGGAGGACAUGAAGUUGUCAAUGGCAAGGAAAAUACUAAACCUGUUGAGUUUAUUCUAAAACGUCCCAAAAAUUGCACCCUGUUGCAUACCUACAAACAAUCUUGGAAAUCAGCUUAUAAUCAUUUUCAACGUUAUUCGGAUAUUAAGCCACGAGAAGAAAGACGUCCCACCAUCAUGGACUUGGCGAAUCAAACAAACGUUUUGGGUAAAAUUAACGGUUGGAAGAUAUAUCAUCUAAAAUCACAAAUGGAAGAUUUGGUAAGAAAGACGGAGACAUAUUUGGAAUAGAAAACUUGUAGCAAU